UUAGGAAGGUGAAGAGAACGAAUUGGAAAAAAAAGUUUGAUGGGAGACAUCAUAGCGAAGACUGGUUGGGAGUAUCCAAUUACACCUCCGUCGUCUCCGGAACCUGACGAGCAGGUCAACUUUGACGGACCUGUGCCCCAGGAAAUACCGGAGGAUGAACUUGAGCUGGAAAAUCAGGAUGAGGGUUUCCAGGUAAUUGGUCCUAACGCGCAAAAUCACCUAGAGGAAGCACAAGUGGAUGAUCCUCCCCCACAGGUUUAUCCUUGGCGUCAACCACAGUCACCUCCGCUGGUGGAGGAAGGAAAUUUGUCACCAUCUUAUGAGCAGGAAAUUGUUGAGUUGGAGCCACAUUCAUCACAGGUUAAAUCUCCAAUGGAGGAAAGACAUCAAACACCUAUUUUGGGUAAUUGUAAAUCAUUUAGUGAUAAGGCUUCUGAUAUCCAUCAUCGUCAUCGACACCGCCAUAAUCAUCACAAACAUCAUCAUCAUCGACAUCGCCAUAAUCAUCACAAACAGCAUAAAAAACAUCACAAAAAAUAUCACCAUAAUCAUCAUCACCGCCAUCAUCACAUUCAUCAUCACCGUCAUCGUCACGGUGACGUAUCAACAAUGAAGUUACAAAAGUGACAACUGAAG